AAAAAAAGGAGUGUUAUUUCAGAAGUCUUAAGAAGUAAUACGCAAAAGUUAGGACAACAAUGACAAAAAUUACAAUCAUAAAUUGCAUAAUUGCAGCUGUUUGCAUUUUUCAAACAGCAGAGGCAGGACUUCUUGGUACACCGCUAGUUUUUUUGGAUACUAUGAAAAAUCAAGUUUCAAAUACGAUUGAAAACGUGAAAGAAAGAAUCCAAAAUGGAAAGGAAACUUAUGAUAGAUUAACAGAUGGACUUGUAGCACCCCAAACAGGACUGUCAACAAUUACGCCAAGCAACAAUAUGCAAGAAGCUACCAAGCAAGUAAUGAAAAUUGUUGAUACGUGCAUUAUGAAAAAUAAUUUGACUGAAAUUGAAGAAUUGAUUAAUGCAACCAAAAAUGUGCAAAAUGUACUAAAGAAUUUUCAAGAUGCUUCAUUAAAUUGUAUUCACGAUUCGGAUGCGCCUCAAUGCUUCCUUAAUGUUAUAAAGAAGAUUUUUGAAUCAAUAAAAAAAGUUAUAGAUGCGGCAUAUAAAAGCACCGAAACAUUUCCCACUGUAGCAGAGUGUAUGAAUACAGAAAUUAAGCAAUUAACCGACCAGGUUAUGAGCCAAUUCGUCCAAUACGUGGAACAAUAUACCCAAACGUUUAAGCUACCAUUUUAAUUACAAAUUAUUUAUGGAUUAAUAUAACUCCAUUUUUACCUGCAUUACAAUAUAUAUCAACAUAUA